AUGGUGAGUGAAAAGGGAGAGAAGGUUAUUGAAAAGAGAGGAUUGAAGAGGAGGUGUGGCUGCGUCGACAUCGACGUCGCAGAUGAGAUAGGCAAGAAAAGGAUCGAAGAUGAUUUAAUAGCUGGUCGGGUGAUUGGAAAAGGAACCUUUGGUGUUGUCCGGGUUUGUCAUGAUAGAAUCAGGAAGCAUUGCUUUGCCUGCAAAUCAGUGGCGAAGAUCGUAGCCUAUCGCAUCCAUGAAGAAAUAGAAAUAAUGCAGCACCUAUCUGGUCAUCCAGGUGUGGUGACACUACUAGCUGUCUACGAGGAUGCCAAUUCUUUUCAUCUAAUCAUGGAGAUGUGCGAUGGGAGUUCCUUGUUGGAUGACCUCCAUAAUAGAAGAUUCAAGUCAGAGAGAGAGAUUUCCGCAGUGAUAAAGGAGAUUGUAUCCUCGUUGAAGUAUUGCCAUGAAUCGGGAGUCAUCCACGGUGACAUCAAGCCGCAUAACAUACUUCGAAAUAGGUCAGGAAGGUUAAAGAUUGCAGACUUUGGUUUCGCUCUGAGGACGUUGAAAGGUAACUUUGAAAUCACCAAAUACAAUAUACCCUCACUAUAA